AUGGCGACGACCAGGAAGCCUAAACGCGUGGCCGCUUCACAACCUGGAUUUCUCACGUUAAAAUCCAACAUAAACCCCACAGACUUGUACAGUAGCAAGAGAAAACGAAUGAACAAGAAUAAGAAGAAGAACUGGAACAAACACUGCGAUAUUAACGAUGUGGAGGAGUUUUUGGAUGACAUCAGGCUCCAAGAGAGGACCACGGGUGGUUUAAUCGCAGAUAAACCAGACGACAGUUUGUUCUUUUUGGACAUUGGACAACCAAGAAAAAGUGAAGAGAAAGAGUUGGAGGAAGGAAAGAAAAAGAAAGCCAAAGGUUCUCGACCCCUUAGGAUAGACCUGAUCCUGAAACACGACUCCCUGGUCCUUCCCCCUAAAGAUAUCUUGUCCUUCCAACAGCCCAACGCCAAGAAACUCCGGCGCAGCGCUCACUUAGCGGCUAAAGCUGCGGUGCCACGGAGACAGAGGCUGAGCAGAAGACUUGAACCAACAACCACCAAAAAGGCAGAAGCCAACAACAACCCCCACAGAGACUACUACGACAUAUGGGGACAAGCAAUUGAAGAGACUGCAGACCCCUGGUUCCUUCAACAGACCAAGAAGACCCAGAUCAAACGUCCAGAGAAGUUAAACACCAAACCCUCGGAGCUGCCGGCGGUGGAGGUCAUCGCUGCUGGAGGAUCCUACAACCCGGACUUCUACGCACAUCAGUUGUUGCUGAAAGAAGCCCAUGAAAUAGAAGUGUUGAAGCAGAAGGAGGAGCAGAAAGUGGAGCGGCAGCUGGCCUACAACAGAGCAGACGCUGCUACAGAGGAGACCAUCUUCCAGGAGCAGGUGCAGGGUCUGGUGGAGGACGAAGACUUGAACUCAGACGGUGAUGAAGAGGAGGAAGGAGCUGUGGGAGCCAUCGCUGUCGCUCAGAAGAAAACUGAGCGUCAGAGGAAGAGGGAGCGAUUCGAGAAAGUCAAGGAGCAGCGGCGUUUGGCUCAGAAAGUGGCGAUGGAAAAGCGGCAGCAGCUUUUCCAGCUCCGCACCAUUAAAACCUCCAUCAAAAAUCAAGACGACAAAACAAAAGUGAAACAAGUGAAACGCAAAGAGAAGCAGGAGGCGCAGAAAGCUCUGCCCAGACGCCUCGGACGCCUCAAGUUCCAGCCCCAGGACUUGGAGGUGCAGCUCAGUGAUGAACUGGCUGGUUCCCUGCGGCGGCUCAAGCCAGAGGGCAGCGUGCUCAAGGACCGCUUCAAGAGUCUGCAGAAGAGGAACCUGAUUGAACCAAGGGAAAGAGCCAAGUUCAAGAGGAGGCACAAAGUCAAGUAUGUGGAGAAAAGAGCUUUUAGAGAAAUCAGCUAA